CGCCUAUCGUUCCUUCAGGUGAGGAUAUCUCCGGAGUCCGCACUGAUAAGUUGUUUAUCAUGAUCUCUCUCUGGUUAAUCGUUAUCUUAAAUCCCCAGGUAUACCCCGUCGAUCUCGCCCAGCGAACCAGAAUCCAGCCUGUGCUCCACCGACCCCACCUCCAUAGUCUUCUGUCUUCUGUCUCUCCGGACUUCUCUCCGCUCCGAAUUUCCUGUCGCAAACCGAACGCCGAGAUGGCAUCACAACCACAACCACAACCACAACCACAACAACCAAAGCAAUGAUGAUACCUGACAGUGCCCUCACUGAAGCCAGCGCCACCCCUCCCACAACCGCCCAUGCCCCCCAACAAGGUCGCGCAAAGCCCACCGAAGACACACCUACACAACCCCCGGCACGCCCCAUCCCCAUUCCACCACCUUCACAACCCUCACCACCCCCAUUUAUCUGACCCUUCUUCUCCAUCUUCGGCAUCCUCGUACAACUAGGCCUACCAUCCCUAACUCUUUACCCCUGGGCCCCAAGACGCCGUCGUCUUCGCCCCGCUCGGCUGCGGGACGCGCUACUACGUACCUCUCCCGAUGGCGGAAUGCGUGAGUGCCUGCGUUCCCCGCUGGCGACGUUCGUGUUGGGGUUUUUUGGGAUUUUUUGUGGUUAUUGACUGGUCCUUGAGCCUGUCUGUUCUUGAACGCCCCCCCCCCUAGUCAAAGUGUACAUAUGAUUGAGAAGGAGUUAUGGGCAU